AUGUCGGCGACCUCGGGCGUAGGUUUACCAGAUAUAAAGCCGGUUGGCGGAUUCGUGAGUCACGGAGAGAUUCCGCAUGCGUCCGGACUUCAAAGCAAGGGAAACCACAAGGGCCCCGAGAAAACGAUAUCAUGUGUAUCUUGUCGCAAGCGCAAGUUAAAAUGCGAUCGCGUGAAGCCGAAAUGUGGAACAUGCACGCGGUUAAGACAUGAAUGCGAAUAUCCAGAGCGCCGGAGGAAUUUGGGAUCCAAGAGAAGGAAUAUCAAGGAACUAGAAGCGAGACUCGCGCAGGUAGAGACCCAACUUGUCGCUGAAUCAAAAUCCAAUGCCAACUCAGAAACCACAAGUGCGACAGCCCUCGAGGCAGACUGGAGCCACAUGGGAAUUGAUAUGAAUAUUGACAUGGCAAAUGCAGGCAUGCUUGGAUCAUUUGACACUAUUCAUCCUGGACUCAACUUUGCGCCGGUAGCUACACCGACUGUAGAAAAUAUAUUUGGUAGAGAACUGUUAAGCCUAGGUCUGAGUGAACCUCUACCAUCACAAGAUGCCAUUAAUGAAUUGUACGAAAUAUAUUUUACCAGCUUUCAUCCAACUAUGCCUAUAAUGCACCGAACUCGCUUCUACGCGUCCCUGGAUCGCGCACCUCAUUCUAGACCACCAGCCUGUCUAAUGUACGCUAUGUGGACGUUGGCAGCCUCACUCUCACCAAAGUACGAAGCUUAUGAAGAUGUUUUCUACGAACGCGCUCGAAAAUAUAUGGAAUUAGCAGAAAUGAAGGGGCACGGUGAAAGCUUCGUAAGUCUAUAUCAUGCGCAGACAUGGGGUCUCAUCUGCAAUUACGAAGCUCGAAAAAUGUAUUUUUCUCGGUCGUGGAUGAGCACUGGGCGUAUGGUCAGAAUGGUGCAAAUGCUCGGAUUAUGGAGGCUUGAUCACGAUGAAUCAGAUGCGAAACAAACUCUCCAACCCCCAAAAGAUUGGGUAGAGCUCGAAGAGCGCCGUCGUACGUUUUGGGCUGCCUUCUACUCGGACCGAUUCGCAAGCUCAGGUAGUGGUUGGCCAAUGAUCAUACAAGAGCAUGAGAUUUUUACCAAUCUCCCGUCUUCUGAAGAAGCUUUUGAAUCAGGUAUAGCAGAAACUGCUACUACACUCGCCCAAGCCCUCACACCAGAAGGAGCUUCUCGGCUAUCCAAUUAUGGGGGUGUUUUAUUAACAGCGGCAUACUUCGGUCACUUCUUCCAACACGUCCGGGGUACAGGUCCUAGCCAUCAUCCCGAGGAUAUUCAGAACGGCGAAUUCUGGAAGCGUCACCGACGGAUGGAAAAUGCACUGAAUAACACCUUCAUCUACCUUCCUGAGUCACUCAGACUACCAAAUGGUGUACGAGACAUGAAUGUUAUAUUUAUUCAUAUGAAUAUACAAGCAUCUAUUAUUGGACUUCAUCGGACAGCUGUAAUGACUGCAGGCCGGUAUAACGUCGAUCCAAUUUUUGUGCGGCAAAGUCAGGCACGCACAUUUAUGGCAGCAGAAGAGAUCGUUAGUAUUCUAAAUCAAACGCGCAAGGAAGACUCAGCUAGGAUGGUCCCCUGGGUAGGAUUUUGUCUUUAUGUAGCCGCUGGAAUAUUUCUCAAUGACCUCAAGAGUGAAAGUCCAAACUCACACAGCUUGACAAAUCUUGAUCAGAUCCUUAUUGCCAUGAGAUCAAUCGGGGCCUACCACACAAUCACGAAAGGCUUCCUAACGCAGUGUGAAUUAGAUAUCGAGGCAAUUGGAAAAAAUCGGUUUGGACGGGAUUUGAAUGAAUCAUCUGGUAUCAUAACGGAAGGUCAAGGCGUUCCAAUUACAGUAGCAGACAUGCAAGCAUUACUACUUCAGCCGCCUGAACCAACUAAACAGUCACCAGCUGCUAGCACUGAUUUUGCCCCUGGAGGUAUCGCGGCAUCUAAUAACAGUCUUAGUCCGCCUCCCGUCACCCUUCCGCCAGAGAGUAGCGCAGCUAGUGCCGGCAGUAGUCCUAUCACAUCCGCUCCUGAAUUUCAAUCAUGGGAUAGUCGGGUGGAGACGCGAAUGCCUGCCCGCUUUGAAGAUGUUACUUAUCGACCAAAGUACGCGCAAGGCUCGGUCACAGAUUCGAACAACUUUGUUGGCUAUCCGCACACUACAACUAUUAACAGCAGAAGUGAGCCAAGUGCCGUUCCAGGCCGUGAGUACUCAUAUGAACCAAGUCCUCCUCUGAAUUUCAUCAAAUCACCAAACGGCUUACCUAUCCAUGCUAACGGCGUCACUAAUAACUUUCAUUUGUCUAAUGAAUGGUCAGUUCCCGAAAAUUUUCAAACAAUUGAUCAUGUUGCUUUUGUGCCACCACUCAGCAAUAAUACAUGGAGUCCAUCAAGAUAUCCAGCAGCUGGUCUCGCCCGGGGAGGAGGGGGGUGA